AUGAUGUGGCUGUUCUUAACAACAACCUGUUUGAUUUGUGGGACUUUAAAUGCUGGUGAAUUCUUUGAUUUGGAAAAUGCAGUGAAUCCUGAAGUCUGGAUGAAUACUAGUGAAAUCAUCACCUACAAUGGCUAUCCCAGUGAAGAGCAUGAGGUCACCACCAAAGAUGGGUACAUACUACUUGUCAACAGAAUUCCCUACGGGCGAAGACAUGCUAGGAGCACAGGUCCCCGCCCAGUUGUAUACAUGCAGCAUGCCCUGUUUGCAGACAGUGCCUACUGGCUUGAGAAUUUUGCCAAUGGAAGCCUUGGAUUCCUUCUAGCAGAUGCAGGUUACGAUGUGUGGAUGGGAAACAGUCGGGGGAACACUUGGUCAAGAAAACACAAAACACUCUCAGAGACUCAAGAGGAAUUCUGGGCUUUUAGUUUUGACGAAAUGGCCAGAUAUGAUCUCCCAGGAAUAAUAGACUUCAUUGUAAAUAAAACUGGUCAGGAGAAGUUGUAUUUCAUUGGACAUUCACUUGGCACUACUAUAGGGUUUGUAGCCUUUUCCACCAUGCCUGAACUGGCACAGAGAAUCAAAAUGAAUUUUGCCUUGGGUCCUGUGAUCUCGUUCAAAUACCCAACGGGUAUUUUUACCAGUUUUUUCCUACUUUCGAAUUCCGCAAUCAAGGCUUUCUUUGGUACCAAAGGUGUCUUUUUAGAAGAUGAGAAAAGGAAGAUAUCUUCCACCAAAAUCUGCAACAAUAAAAUACUCGGGGUGAUGUGUAGUGAAGUUAUGUCCUUAUGGGCUGGAUUCAACAAGAAAAAUAUGAAUACAAGUCGAAUGGAUGUGUAUAUGUCACAUGCCCCCAGUGGGUCAUCAAUACAGAACAUCCUGCAUAUCAAACAGCUUUACCGAUCUGAUGAAUUCAGGGCUUAUGACUGGGGGAGUGAGGCCGAGAAUGUGCAUCACUACAAUCAGAGUCGUCCUCCACUAUAUGACUUAUCUGCCAUGGAAGUGCCUACUGCUAUUUGGGCUGGUGGACAUGAUGUCCUUGUAACACCCCGAGAUGUGGCCAAGGUACUCCCCCAAAUCAGGAACCUCCGUUACUUCAAACUAUUGCCAGAAUGGAACCACUUUGAUUUCGUCUGGGGCCUUGACGCUCCUCAACGAAUGUACAGUAAAAUCAUAGCUUUAAUGAAGGCAUAUUCCUAA